UUUAUCCCUAAAAGAUAAAUAAAGUUAUUGAGAAUGACGUAUAUAUUGCUUUCUAUUGUGAAAUUAUAAAUAGCUACUAAGUGUAACCCGUUUUCCGGAAUUAUACGGUUUUAUCAUUAUGAUUCUACGAUUAAUAAUACAUGAGUACUCAUGAGCAUGCGCCAGGUCUUUUCAACUUCCAUCUUGUUUUUGAGCAGACGGAAAAAUCAUUGCUGAGAAUACAAAUCCAGUAUCAUCGACAUUGUAUUGUAUUAAUCAAAGGAAUUUAUAAAAUGAGCACUGGAUUGUUAAGAGCGAGGACAUCGCGGAGAUCCAAGACAAAAUCGCCUUAUGUCAGACCUCCUGCAAGUACAACGGGGCCUUCGGCGCAACCAACACGAGAGCCUGCACUUAUCCAGCAUGCCGGAAGUGGUAGUCAAGAUUUAUCGGCUAAUUCCAGUGGCCUACAAGUCUCAUCCGAGGUCAGUUCCAUGGAUAGCCCACUGCCUCAGCUGCAACAGACAUCUACGGAUCCAGCAACGACAAAUGUUGCUUAUCAGCCAGAUUCAAUCUGGAUUGUGGGUUCAUCCCUUAUUAAAAGAGCAGAACAAUUUGCAUUGAAUUCUCCAGAAUUUGGCACAGACCUUUCUUUGACAGGGGUAAAAGUUUUGUGGAAGGGAUUACCAGGGUUGAGUUUUUCCAAAUUCAACGAGGUUAUUUCGGAUCUAUACUCUACAAAGCCACAUCCAAGGUUUCUUGUUAUUCAUGUAGGUGGUAAUGACAUUGCCAAACAUAAUAAUCCUUUAAGAAGACAACAAAAAUUUAUGAAAACUGUUAUCAACAAGUUGCGUUUGGUUAUGCCUUUGACUUGCAUUGUUUGGUCACAUAUUUUGCCCAGAGUAUAUUGGCGUCAUUCAUUUUCAAAUGUUUCUGCAGAGAAAUCAAGAUCUAGGAUUAAUAGUUCUAUUGCUAGCUUUGUUUUAAGGUCAAAUGGUGCUUCAAUUAAGUAUCCUGAUAUCAGAAUUGAUCAAAGAAAACUCUUUCUCAAUGAUGGAGUUCACUUAUCUCCCUUAGGUAAUCAAAUUUUCUUGUCAACAAUGCAGGCUGCUCUUAGGCAAUUCAGCUCUGGUAAUAACUUUGUUUAUCCAUCAAAGUGACUGUGCAUGAAUUUUGGGAAUAGGAACUGUUGUGGCUUUAUGAUGUGAUGUGAUUUGUGAAUGAUGAAUGUUAACUGUGGUCAAAAUUCGGCCGCUAUGAUGGC